AAGAUCAUACACGCUCGGAAUUUCCUUUCUCUUUCUCCUCCUCCCCAAUCGUGUCCCUUUCCGGAGUUUCUCCGGUUAAUCCUGCUCGGGCCGGCCGCAGCCAAUGGACGCCGCCGUUGAGUUGGGGUUGGGAUUAGCAGGAGGGCGAAUGACUUUCAAUUUUACUGGAUUACAGAACAAAGAACGAGAAGAGGGCUGCGAAAAGGACACUACUACUCUUACUAGUGCUCUGGAGGGGAGAAAACAAGAGCAAGAGAGGAGAUACAAAUAUUCAGGUUGGGAUUACGUCUGUACCCCACCCCCCCAAAAAAAGUGCGUUGAGCGACAUUUGUGCGUUUUUAACGAUGGAUUAAAAAAAAACGAUUCUGGGAUUGACAGCAAACGACCAGGCGGAUUUAAUCGCGAAUUAAGCGGCCAUGUCUCAAAUGAGGAAGCUGACAUGUGAUGGCGUGCGGCCCACCUCCCGCUGCGAUCCUGCGCUUCCAGCGCCGUCUGCCAGGCAGGAGAUCCUCACCAGCUUGGUGUCGGCCCUGGAUUCGGUGUGCAUGGCCAUGUCCAAGUUGAACGCCGAGGUGGCCUGUGUCACCGUCCACGAGGACAGCGUUAUCGCAGUUGGUACAGAAAAGGGACGCAUUUUCCUCAACUCCAGGAGAGAAAUCCAGACUGAAUUCUACAAGUUUUGCCGGGCGCCCUCGUACCUGCCCGACGUGACCUCUGCCAAAGACCAGGAUGUGGAUCCGGGCAAGGCGGGAAAGGAAGGCGAGCGUGCGAAAACGGGCCGAGCGCCUACGCUGCCGCCGCCGCUGCCGCCGCUGCCACCACCACAAACGGACGCGCAGUCCAACAUUUUUGUCCUGAGGAAGAUGGUGGACGAGGUCUUUACCGUUCUCUACAGUGAAGCGGCUGGAAAGAGCACCCUAGUCCCCGUGCCUUAUGAGUGGCUCCAGAAGGAGCCCGCUUGCCUUGUGGCCCACGGUCUCCCGGAGGGCGUCUCCUUGAGAAAGCCGUCAGAGUAUGACUCCAAGACGCUCGUACAAAUUCUCGAGCAAAGCCACAGGAUACAGUUCACCGUCACAAGGCCGACGGAAGACUUGUCCAAGUCGGCGAGCGCAGAGCUGGGCCAUCAAAGCUCUUCCGGCAGCCCCGCGGCUCAGAGCGGCGCUGGCCCAGUCAAGACUACUGCCCAGGUAGUCACACCGCCAAGUCCCGCCACUUCCGCCAACUCCGUUCUCUCAAACUUCCUGUACGGCAUGCCCGUGUCCUCCAAACCCCACCCAGAUGGCACGCCGGACUUCAAAGCCACGUCGCUCCUCAGCCUGGCCAAGGACCGACUGGCCGACUGGACGGACAAGGGCACGUGUGGGAAGGCUGCCGCUAGCAACGAUGAAACAACAAAACGAGCCGGUGAACCGGGUCAGACACCUGCGAGUGUCCACAUUUCCAAGAGGCUACUCUUCUCCAUCGUACACGAGAAAUCGGAAAAAUGGGACUCCUUCAUUCGGGAGACGGAGGAUAUUAACACCUUGAGGGAAUGUGUCCAGAUUCUGUUCAACAGCAGAUACGCCGAGGCCCUGGGUCUGGACCACAUGGUGCCGGUUCCGUACCGCAAGAUAGCGUGCGACCCGGGCGCGGUGGAGAUUCUGGGCAUCCCGGACCAGAUCCCCUUCAAGCGCCCGUGCACCUACGGGGUCCCCAAACUCAAACGCAUCCUGGACCAGCGCCACGCCAUCCGAUUUGCGGUCAGGCGGAUGUUUGAUGAAAAGAUUUUCACAGCUGCCGCCGGCAAGAUGUCGAAGGAAGAAAGCAAGCAGGACGCGGGGUCCUCCGCCCCAGAAGACGAGAACCUGAGUCUCACGCCCAGCGCCGCGGAGCUGCCAGUCAAUCCUCACAGCGACUGGUCGACCAGCGUGUGCGCCAGUCCCCUGGCUGAGUGCGCAGCAGGUCCUUCGGCAGAUUGCCUCCCCAUUAAGAGGAUUAAAACGGAGCCUCCGGACGGGGACAUCAUUCAAGUUACGGUGCCGGCCGGCUCCAACGCCGAGGAGGCCGGCGAGCCCGAGCCCGCCUCCGCCCCCUCGUGUCGGGCCACGUCUGAGCCCGCCCCCUGGUGUCGGGCCGCGUCCUCUCCCUCGGGCCCCCUCGCAGCCGCCCAAGUGUUGUCGCCCAAUACGGCACCACUCAACCUCCGAAGACCCUCUGAAGCAGGCAGCCUGGUGGAGGACAUUGGUGAAAUGAUUCUUCAGCUGCGCAGACAGGUGGAGAACUUAUUCAGCCUCAAGUACGCUGAAGCUUUGGGCCUCCCCGAGCCAGCCAAGGUGCCCUACUCCAAGUUCCAAACGUACCCCGAGGACCUGUUUGUGAGCGGGCUGCCCGAGGGCAUCGCCCUGCGGCGGCCCAACUGCUUCGGGGCGGCCAAGUUGCGCAAGAUCCUGGCCGCCGCCAACCGCAUCAAGUUUGUCAUCAAAACGCCCGAGCUGCUGAGCGAGCAAGUCAAGCAAGAGAUGCCUUCCGUCUGCGACUCGGAGCUGGACGCUAAGGAAGUGACAGCGCUCACAGAGGACGCUACUGCGUUGUCCAAAAGACCCGCUUUCUCAGAGUGCCUGGAGUCCAAGCUGUCCAGGAUCGACCUGGCCAACACGCUGCGGGAGCAGGUCCAGGACCUGUUCAACAGAAAGUACGGCGAGGCGCUGGGCAUCAAGUACCCGGUGCAAGUGCCUUACAAGCGCAUCAAAAACAACCCGGACUCGGUCAUCAUCGAGGGACUCCCGCCCGGGAUCCCCUUCCGCAAGCCUUGCACCUUCGGCUCGCAGAACCUGGAGCGCAUCCUGGCUGUUGCGGACAAAAUUAACUUCACCAUCACCAGACCUUUCCAAGGACUCAUUCCAAAACCUGCACCUCGCCGGGUCACGUUACUCAAGAAGGCCUACGCUACCAUAAAUGAUGACGACGACGACGAUGUCAACCGAGUUGGGGAGAAGGUGGUCCUCCGCGAGCAGGUCAAGGAGCUGUUUAACAAGAAAUACGGCGAGGCUCUGGGGCUUGACCGCGCCGUGGCCGUGCCGUACAAGCUGAUCCGCGGCAGCCCCGCCAGUGUGGAGGUGGAAGGCCUCCCCGAAGACGUGCCCUUCCGGAACCCGGGUACCUACGAUGCCGCCUGCCUGGAGAGGAUCCUCCAUGCCAAAGACAAAAUCAGCUUCAGCGUCAAGAGCCAGCUACAGCCUUUCUCUGAACUGUGCAGUCAGCCUUGCAACACAGCAUUAGCGCCCGAAGCCUCGACCAGUCGGCGGAAGCGCAAGCGCGUCCAGGAGACCCACCGAGGCCCCGCCCCCUCCUCCGCAGAGCUUGCCCCGUCAGCCAAUCAGAUUCCAGUCAUGCAGUGGCCAAUGUACAUGGUGGACUACAGCGGAGUCAACAUGCAAGUACCAGGAAAAGUUAACUACUGAAGCCAGUCAAAGCCCAGAAAUGGCGUGGUCAACAAUCUGCCAUUGUUGUUGUUUGGUUUGCUAACAUUGGCACUAAAAAGAAGUCACAUUGUGUGCGUGCGUGCGUGCGUGCACCAUUAGCAUCCACGGCAUCAUUACUGACACUAUUAAGUCAUAUCGUAUGCUAAUGUUUGUACCUUUUUUUAUUUAUUCUAUUUAUUCAACUGUAACACCGCCGUGUGCAGGGAUGCUAACUAAAACACUAACGCUUGGGGGCCUGUCUCAUACUCUGAAUUGAUACUUUGGAAUUAAAAAGCCGAAGGAACAGUCUGUCUUAAUUCCAGUUACAACGGCUGGCACGAGAAGCUUAAGAUAGCCGUCUACAGCUUGACUCAAGGUGGCCACUUGUUGAUGAGCUGACCUAGCUCCAUCUUCAUCCUGACUAACUAGCACAAAGCUAAUGCAGCCGUUUACAUCGUCAUUCCAGCUAACUGGUCGUCAGCUAACGGUAUUACCUUCACUGUGACCAACCGAUUCGUGGCUGAGCCAGCGCAGCAGUCGAGAGCUUCAACCUAGUUAAGGACCGUGUGACCCUUACCCAGCUAAAAUGCUGGUGGCUACUGAGCAAAAGAGACUAACUAGUUGUCCUUUGUUUUUCUUUCCAUUAUAUCCAGCGUAUGGACGCCCUGACCUCUCAAGGGGUUUGAGAUUAACACAGCCUUUUGUACGUUAGCACAUUUAUGAAAAGCCAUUUGAGCAUUUAUUCAAUAUCAAGUUUCAGGAUUUUUUUUUAUCCGCGACCGUAUGACAUUUCUGCGCAUUAGGACAACUUUGACAUUAUACAAUUUGACGAGUUAACCUAAAGCUCUGUAUUAAGUAGCAUGCAGACAUACUCGUGGAAAAGCCUACUAGUCCAUGGACCUUCUGCUAGAUAUCAAGGAUAUGGAAUAAAUGCUCCGAGGGGCUUUUGCCUAUAUGUACCAUUAUAUUAUGUGGCUAAAACAAACAGGUCAGUCUGAAUGUAUCAAGCAGGGCCCACUGUCCCUGACCUAACAGUAAAGAAUGCUAUGACUAAUCCCCAUGUGAACAUGCUGUACCUUAACGCCAAUUAGGCCUUUCCAAAUAAAUUGUGUUGCCUUG